CCGCUGGUCCGCAGAGCCGGAGCCGACAUUAUGCACCAAGAGGAGUGAACUCUUCCCCCCAUUUCCACAAUGGCAGACUCGGGCAAGACCUUCAGCUCUGAGGAGGAAGAGGCCAACUAUUGGAAAGACCUGGCUAUGACCUACAAGCAGAGGGCAGAGAACACCCAAGAGGAGCUCCGGGAAUUCCAGGAGGAAAGCCGGGAAUACGAGGCGGAACUGGAGACACAGCUGCAACAAACUGAGAGCAAAAACAGGGACCUGUUGAUGGAAAACAACCACCUUCGCAUGGAGCUGGAGACCAUCAAGGAGAAGUUUAAAACACAGCAUUCUGAAGGCUACCGGCAGAUCUCAGCCUUAGAGGAUGACCUUGCCCAGACAAAAGCCAUAAAAGAUAAACUGCAGAAGUACAUCAGAGAGCUGGAGCAAGCCAACGAUGACCUGGAAAGAGCCAAACGGGCUACGAUCAUGUCACUGGAGGACUUUGAACAGCGUUUGAAUCAAGCCAUAGAAAGAAACGCCUUCCUGGAGAGCGAACUGGAUGAGAAGGAGAAUCUCCUCGAAUCUGUUCAGCGACUAAAGGAUGAAGCCAGAGACUUGCGGCAGGAAUUGGCUGUGCAGCAAAAGCAGGAGAAACCCAGGACGCCCAUGCCCAGCUCGGUGGACGCUGAGAGGACAGACACAGCGGUGCAGGCCACUGGCUCCGUGCUGUCCACCCCCAUAGCUCAUCGAGGACCCAGCUCGAGUUUAAACACUCCUGGGACCUUCAGACGUGGCCUGGACGACUCCACUGGGGGGACCCCCCUCACGCCUGCAGCCCGGAUAUCAGCCCUCAACAUCGUGGGAGACCUGCUGCGGAAAGUGGGGGCCCUGGAGUCCAAACUUGCUUCCUGCCGGAACUUCAUGUACGAUCAGUCCCCAGGCCGAGCCAGUGGCCCAGCCUCGGGGCGGGGGAGCAAAAACAGAGACGGCGUGGACAGGCGGCCCGGCGGCAGCAACGUGCCUCUCGGCGACAAAGGGUUGGGAAAACGCCUGGAGUUUGGGAAGCCGUCGUCGAAUGUUUCCUCACCGUCGCUGCCGUCAGCCCAGGGUGUAGUCAAGAUGUUGCUUUAGGAAAGCCACGGAAGCCGAGGUCAUCACAGAGCACCGAGCUGAGCUCCCUGGGCUAUACAGCAGCUUCCCACUGGCUGUUUUAUACACAUGUGCCUCCAAGACUUUUUAAUCUGCCUGUCGCUGAUGCUUUUAGAGGCAUGCUUGAGUUUCAGUGUGAAUUUUGUGGGGACCAGGUCAGUGGAAAAUCUGUGUCCUCUUUAGACCUAUCCUUGUCCUGAGCCUCCCACCCUGGUCUGGGAGUGACCUCUGCUUCUGAGGGUUUCUGGGGGGUGAUGGCCUUAGCGAUGCAGCCCCUGAGAACAGGACUUCAUUCAAAGCCUUGAUGAAAUAAUCAAGGUGACCUUCAGAUAAGAUGAAGCCAAAGGGUUGCAUUGGGAGCAUCCUUAUUAAAGAAGAAAUGAACCCAGGAUUUCCAUGCAGACAGCAUGUGGCUCCUCCCUGCUGGUUUGGAACAGCCGCCUCACACUUUGGACACAAGUAAAAAGAACAUGGGAAUUCAGGCAUAUGCAUGCAGCCUAACAGCCUUCUGUUACUAAGUUAUUUUUCCAAAAGAACAGCAAAAAUAUCCAGUUGAAAACAGAACUUUUCAAGUGCUACUGAAAUUCAGCAGAGAA